ACUUGAUGAUAUAAUGCGUCUUGCACUUUCUAUUAUGUUGAUAAUUCUGGUUGUUGCAACUAUGGUUCUAUCUUUUCAACUAUCUCGUUUCACAUCUUUGAUGUACGGAAAAUUCAUCGAAAUCGAUAAAUUGUGUUCUGCUGAUUUACCGUUAGAAACCAAAAUGAAGAUGCUGAACUUUAUGAAAAGAUACGGUAAAACUCCAUUUGGAGUAAGCAUCGGCGGAUUCUUUUAUGUUAAAAAGAACUUCUUUAUUCGAUUUUUGAGUGCCUUAUAUUCAUCGCUGUCUGUGUUAACAGAACUUUUAAUAGCAAAGAAACCACCUUCUUGUAAAGUACAGAUAAGAGAUCUCAUUCAAUAAAGCUAUUGAAUUAAAUUGUCUCACGGGCUGAUUUGAAAGUGUGAAUACAGAAGACUUAAUACAAGGAAAUGAGGUAUUUUUGUGUUCGAAAAAAGAAAUCGACUGUAGACUUAUCAGAAAAAUUGAAAUCUCAACGAAGUCAAAAAGAAAA